UCCUGCUAGCGCGGCUUCCUGUCUGCUCGGGCUUGGAGCCGCUCUGCUCGCCAUAUUGUUUGCUUUCCAGUCAGCGGAGCACGAAGCGAAACCGAUGAGUUCCUCGUCCUCUGAAGAGACAAAUGCCUGGAGUUCCCUUCAUUCGGAUGAGCCCAGUGACUCCAUCUAUCGGUUCGUCUACACCUGCACUGAGUGCAAGGAACAAGUGGACACACACUGGCGCUGCACGGUCUGCCAGGAGUACAUCCUGUGUGUUUCCUGCUAUCCCACAAAAAGCCAUGACCACCCAAUGGAGAAACUGGGACUUGGCUUGGAUGACGAGACCAGCAAGGAGCAGGGUGGAGCCUCACAGAACCCAGCAGAAUCUUGCUGCCUGAGCAUCCAGCGCAAUAUCCAGUCCCUGCUCCAUGCCUGCCAGUGCCGUAAUGCCAACUGCACCCUGCCCUCCUGUAAGAAGAUGAAGCGGGUCAUCCAGCACACCAAGGGCUGCAAACGGAAGAACAGUGCUGGGUGUGCUGUCUGCAAGCAGCUCGUUGCCCUCUGCUGGUACCAUGCCAGGAACUGCCCAGAGGACAACAGGUGCUUUGUGCCCUACUGCUUUACCAUCAAGCAGAAGCUCCAGCAACCACAGCUGCAGCUGCGCAUCCAGCAGGCCCUGAUGCUGCGCAGGAUGACAGCCAGCACUGAUCCAGACCCUUUGGUCCCCUGCGAUCUGAAUGACGCUCAGGAAGUGGGGAUGAGUGCCCGAGGCUCUUUUCACUCUGAGCCCAGUGGCCUACCCCCUGUGCCACGGAGGAGCACCCGUAAUGUCCCAUACACCUGCAGUGAGUGCAGGCAGGAUGUGGAGACUCGCUGGUACUGCACUGUCUGCCAGGAGUAUGUCUUAUGUGUCUCCUGCUAUCACACUAAAAACCACAUCCACAAGAUGGAGAAAGUAGGUCCUGGCCUAGAUGGUGAGAGCAGCAGCCAGCAGGCUGGGGCUAUCCAGAACCCUCGAGAUAUUCACCGCCAAAGGAUCCAGCGCAGCAUCCAGUCCCUGAUCCAUGCCCGACAGUGCCGCGAUGCCAGCUGCUCCCUGCCAACCUGCAAGAAAAUGAAGAGAGUUGUAGAACAUACCAAGAACUGCAGGCGAAAGGCAAUUGGUGGUUGCCCUGUCUGUAGGCAGCUCAUUGCCCUUUGCUGCUACCAUGCCAAGCGUUGCCAGGAGAACAAUUGUCCCGUGCCAUUCUGCUUCAGAAUCAAGCAAAAGCUCCGGCAACAACGGCUGCAGCGCCAGCGGUCCCGGAUGGUACGCAGGAGGAUGGCCAGCAUGUAGCUUACCUGUAUAGUGGGCCAGCAACAGGGCCUGCCCUUCCCAGCCCCUGCCUCUAACCACUCCAACUUCCAUCAACCACAGAACAGCUAACACCCUUGCAGAUAUCCCACCUUAUCCCUUUCAGAAACACUCUUGGUGACCCUCCAGGCUCUACAUGGACUACUUGGCCUCCCCUGCUAGCACCCCUCUAUCCACAGCAGUAGAAAUGGCAUUGCAAAUUCAGAGAACAGCCAAGACACUGUGUAAAUUGUACAGAGGCCAGUCUAGCACCAUGUGCCCCAGAUGAUUCCCAUGGCUGUGAACCCCCCUUCGAUGACCAGAUGGGGCAUCUAGAGCCAGGGAUGGGGCCCACCACAGUGCAGCAGCAGCUCCCCUGGGCCCAUGGAAAACUGGCUCAGCCCCAGCAACUCUAUUCUGGGGUGCCAGGGUCAGCCAAAAUGUCAGUGGCCCAGCAUGGGAAGCCCUUGAACGAGGCUCUACAGCCAGUGGACCAACCUAGUCAUGCCAGGCUGUGUCAGCAUUGUGAAAAGCUCCUUCAGACUUGGGCAUCCUUGCUAUCGUGUACAGUAGCAACCCUAUGCUCUUCCCAAGCAGUUGGCUGCAUUCAAGAAACAUCGGGCCACUCAAGUGUACCAACUCGUUCACAGCUUCUCUGGACAGCCUGCCACGUGCCAUGUACAGCCAGGGCUGCAGCUGCCAGCCAUGCAGAGACUCUAUUCUGGAUCAGCAAUGCAGAACAUGAAUCCCAUGCAGGCUGGCAUGUAGAGGGCUGGCUGGGCCAGCAUCAGCCGCAGCAGCAACUCCAGCCGCCCACGGGAGGGAUGAGCCCCCAGGCACAGCCAGUGAACCUGAAUCACGGCAGCAUGUCUUCCCGGUUGUGUGACCUGUUGACACCGUAGCAGAUGAUGCAGCAGCAGUGGAUAUGGCAUCACGUGCAGCAGAUGGAACAGGAAUGUGGGAGAGAUGGGCCAGGUCCCCCAGGCCUUGGGAGAACAGGCAGGCAACAAACAUAGCAGCAGCGACUCCUCCAGGAACAGGUGGGGCCCCCUGCUCAGCCCAAGCCAUGAGCUCCCAGCAGCCAGGCUCCCAAAGGAGGGCCAGUCGCAAACCUCUGAGGCAAUCCUCAGUGCUCUCUCCCAAGUGUGCUCCCCCAGCCUGCCCUUUCUCGGAGGCCACAAUUCCACCCUCACCCCUAGCCCAGCCUGACCCUGAGGUGCAGCCUCAGCCUUCUCCACAUCUCUGUUUCCCCACAUCCUGGACUGGCUGCUGCCCAGGCCUCCACCCCCAUGGAACAAGGGCAUUUUGCCAGCCCAGGCCAGAAUCCAAUGCGCUCUCAGCUCGCUAGCUGUCCAGGCAUGGCAAACCGUGGUACAAGCACCAUGAGCCUGGGACUCAGCACCGAUAGCUCAGAUUGAAUUCAGACCUCUCACAAAGUACGCCAGACAUGUAACAGACACCUGGUAGUAUUUUGGGAGGAGAAAAAAAUUAUUUUCUCAAGACUUUUUGAACUGAACAAAGUUUUGGAAUCUUUCUUAGCCUAUGAAACAGUUUUUCCUUAGAACACCUAAGAACUGUGUAGUAGUUAUUUGUGGAGGUUGUUUUUGAUUUGGUUGUAUUUCAUUUGCAGUGUUGGGGAAUAAACCCAGAGCCUUUGCACCGAGCUAUAUCCCCAGCCCAAUUAGAAUCUUCUUUUGUAGGCAGGUCUCAGUUAAGUUGCUGAGAAGCUGCCCGAGCUGGGCUUGAAUUCCUGAUCGUCGUCGUUCCUCAGCCUCUCAGAUGCUGGGAUCAAGGCAUGGGCCUGCAGGCCCGGUGCCAUGGGUGGUUUGAAGCAGAUAUUCCAGGCGAGCCUGCAGGACGAUGGGACACUGAACAGACCUUGCUCUGCCUCCCCAGCCUCCCUUCCUGUGUGCGUGUGGCUCACGUGUGAGCUGGGAGAGGGCUGAGGACAGUGGCCCCCAGCACUCCUGCCUUGCACCUCCAGUAGGUUUUCUUAGUUUUUUAAAAUUAAGGAAAAUAUGUAAUAUCAGUAGUUAUUAUUUACUGAUUCAGAAAGUGGAAAUUUUUCCUUAUUUUCUUUCUGGAAGAA